CGCGCGGACUUCCCACGCACACGUAUUCAUCACCAUGGCCUCAUGGUGCACCGCCGCCGAUAAGGCCGCCCUCGCCGCCUCCGGGCUCGCCGAGGCCGCCGUCUCCGUCAUCUGCGCGGGCGACGCGCGCCGUCGGCUCGACAGUGACACUGAGGAUGACUACACUAAGAUGGGCAUUGCGAACGCCACCACCACCAUCUUCCUCCUUUUCGCCACCGCGCUUGUGUUCUUCAUGCAAUCCGGUUUCGCUAUGCUCUGCGCCGGUUCCAUCCGCGCGAAGAACGUCAAGAACAUCCUCCUGAAGAACGUCCUCGACGCCGCCGUCGGCGCGAUCUUCUGGUACCUCUUCGGUUACGGCAUCGCGUUCGGUGUCCCCGGGGACGGCAACUCCAACCGCUUCAUGGGCGAGGCUGACUUCGCGCUGGGCAUCUCGGCCGUUGGUCCCUCCGGUGGAAACGACUGGAUUUGGUUCCUCUUCCAAUGGUCUUUCGCCGCCGCCGCGGCGACCAUCACCUCCGGCGCGAUGGCCGAGCGCACGCAGUUCGCCGCGUACCUCGGCUACUCCGCGCUCCUCACCGGCUUCGUCUACCCCACUGUCGUCCACUGGGCCUGGGGCGGCGGCUGGCUCAGCAGCGUCCCCUGGAAGAAGGAAGACGGGGACAAAUCUCUCGCGUACCACGACUUUGCCGGCUCCGGCGUCGUUCACAUGGUCGGCGGGUUCUCCGGUCUCAUGGGCGCGAUCAUGGUCGGCCCGCGCACGGGCCGCUUCGACGCGCAGGGUCGCCCGAUCGCGAUGCCCGGCCACAACGCCGCGCUCGUCGUCCUCGGCACCUUCAUCCUCUGGGUUGGCUGGUACGGGUUCAACUGCGGUUCCCAGGGCUCCGCGACCUCCGCUGCUGAUGCCGUUGCCAUCGGCCGCGUCGGUAUCACCACGACGCUCGCCGCAUCUGCCGGUGGCGUGACGUCCCUGUUCCUCAACUACGCGCUCUACAAGGUCUGGGACCUCAUCGCCGUGUGCAACGGCGUCCUCGGAGGCCUCGUGUCCAUCACCGCGGGCUGCGCGGUGCUUGACAUUUACAUGGCCCUCUUCGCCGGCUUCAUCGGCGCGUUCGUUCUCUUCGGCUCGAGCAAGCUUCUCCUCAAGCUCCGCAUCGACGACCCGCUCGAGGCGUUCCCCGUGCACGGCGCGUGCGGCAUGUGGGGUGUCCUCGCCGUCGGCCUCUUCGCCAAGGAAAAAUACCUCGGCGACGAAGACAACGAUCGCUACGGCGCCCUCAUGGGCGGCAACGGCAGGCUCUUCGGCGUCCAGCUCUUGGGCUGCGUCGCCAUCAUCCUCUGGACGUGCGGCAUCCUCGGCCCCUUCUUCUUCGUUUUGAAGCAGGCUGGUCUCCUCCGCACCUCCGCGGAAGAGGAGGCUGCCGGCCUCGACGAGUCCAAGCACGGCGGCUCCGCGUACAACAACGCAUAAGAGCGCGACGACGAAGUGAUCAUUUUUUCAACGCGCGCCGGAUCGGCGCGCGCGACGACAAAGUGUUCUUCCAAUAAGAAUAACAGAGUGGACGCGAUCGCGACGGCGUCUUCGAUCGGAGACGGCGCGCGGACGGCGGGGCCCGCUUUCCCCCUCGUGCCACGAGUGAAAGAGAGUAGAAAUGAAUGAAUAACACAAGUAUAAUUUUUCGCACC